AUGAGCCGUCAGCAGGAUCCACUCUAUGUCCCGCGGUUCCAGUUCCGUCCUCGCGAUGCGCCGAACAAGCAGGAGAAUGUGUUUGAAGAGCAUGAGCUCUCAUUGCUACGCACCAAAAUCCUAACUGAGGACGAGCUGCGCGAGUUGCUGACCACGCAGCUAGACAAGUACUCGCGAAUUACCAAACCAGCACUGAUACAGGCAACGAUACCCAAGCAUAUAAUCAGCAUUGACAUCGUGAGCAGCACCGAGUCUUGCGAGUGUGCCAUCUCACGAAACUUCUUCACUCCUGACUGCAGCGUGUGCCUUCGCGACUUUGAGGCUGGGUCUGAAGUACGCAUCCUCGUUUGCGGGCACUAUUUCCACACGGACUGCAUCGACGCCUGGCUCACAAAGCACAGCGCGACGUGCCCAGUCUGCAAGUCCGAUAUGGUUUCAGCGCUUAACCUGCCACCGCGUAAACCAGCCACUCCGGCACAGAAUUCCCAGGACAUCUGA